AUAUACAACUAGAGUUUUAAAAAGAGGUUAAUAAAUGGAAAUGGAAAAAAAUGAAAUGGGGGAAAUAUAAAGAAGUACAUGAUGGGAGGGGUUGAGAACAUCAAUAUACUGGAAGGGUAAAGAGGUUGGAGAUAGGAAAUACUCAACUCGAGUGUAUUGAAAUUUACUCAAAGAGGGAAGAACAAUCAAAUACAUUGGGGCAGAGACUUGAUUUGUGCCCUAUAGAGAAGAAGAGUAACAGACUGGUGUCGAGGGAAGCAAUACAAGGGAGGGAGAGGGUGGAGGGGUAGUUUAAAAAGACUAAAGAAAAUAAGAGGGAAAUAAGAAGAGGGGGUAGAAAGGGAAGUAAAAUAAAAGUGGGGAUUAAGGGAACUGAUUAAAAACAAAGCACUGGUGUAGAAGGAAAUAGUGAAAGAAGAAAGAGCAGGACUAGGAGUGGAAAUCAAAAUGCUGGGAAAUACACAGCUGGUAAUCAUAUCUCUGAAUGUGAAUGAAAUGAACUCAACCAUAAGAUUCAAGUGAAUAGAAGAGUGGAUUAGAAACCAAAACCCUACCAUAUGUUGUAUACAAGAAACACACAUGAGGAAGGUAGACAUACAUAGGGUAAAAGUAAGUAUGGAGCCAAAUCUAUUGGGCAUCAAAGGAUAAAAAGAAGGCAGGAGUUGCAAUCAUGAUAUCUGACAAAGCCAAAGUAAAAAUAGAUCUAGUCAAAAGAGGGAAGAUAAUUACAUCCUGAUAAAACGCAAUACAGACAAUGAGGAAAUAUCAGUACUCAACAUGUAUGCACCACAUGGCAUAGCAUCCAAAUUUCUAAAGGAGAAACUAGUGGGGCUCAAGGAUGAAAUAGAAAAACUAUACUAGUGGUAGACCUGAACCUUCCUCGAUCAGAACUAGAUAAAUCAAACAAAAAAUUAAAUAAGAAAGAGGUAAGAGAAGUGAAUAUAAUCUUAGAAAAAGUAGAGUUAGUAGAUAUGUGGAGAAAAAUAAAUAGGAACAAAAAGGAAUACACCUUUUCAGCAGCACAUGGUACAUUCACAAAAAUUGACCAUGUGCUAGGGCAUUAAAACAUUGCAAAUAUGCAAAAGAGCAGAAAUAAUAAAUGCAACCUCAGACCACAGUGCAUUGAAAAUAAUUAGUACGGGUACAUGGAGAGGCAAAUAAAAAAUUAACUGGAAAUUUAAAAAUUCAAUUCUCCAAAAUCGGUUAAAGAACAAAUCAUAGAAACAAUAAUUUCAUUGAAGAAAAUGACAAUGAUGAGACAUCUUUUCAAAAUCUAAAGGAUGCAGCCAAAGCAAUACUCGGGGGAGUGGGGGUGGGAUUUAUAUCCUUGAGUUCAUACAUUAACAAAUUAGAGAGGGCAGAGGUCAAUGAAUUGGGAAUGCAAAUUAAAAACUAGAAAGUAAACAAAUUAAUCCUCAGAUGAAGACUAAAUUAGAGAUCUUAAAAAAUCAAAGGAGAAAUUAAUAAAAUUGAAAGUCAAAGAACUAUUGAUUUGAUAAAUAAGACUAGAAUCUGGUACUUUGAAAAAACAAAUAAAAUAGACAAAGUACUGGUCAAUCUAAUUUAAAAAAGGAAAGAAGAAAACCAAAUUGACAGUAUACAAGAUGAAAAGGGAGACCUCACCUCUAAUGAAGAGGAAAUUAAGGCAACCUAAACACUCACUCCCAAGCCCACAGAUACUGAGGAUCUGUACUGAGGAUGUUGUGAUUUUAAUUAACUUUCUGCCUUCUAUGAACUCUUUCAAUUUUUCCCUUAAGGAAGAGAGACAGUCCUUGUUGCUUUUUAUUUAAUAUGCAGCCAUCAUUUAUAGGAGGUACAAGAAAGAUCUUAAAAGUGAGAAGCCUUGAAACUAUUAUCAAUUUAUGAGGGCAAUUAGCUUGGAAGCUGACUUAUUACUAAUAGUCUAGGAGGUGUAUUAGGUGGGAAAAGAUAUUGGAGAUGAUGAGCAUGAUGCUUAGUACAAUGCUUGGCUUGAUAGAUACUUCUUUUUGACUCCAUGGCAAACCUGGAGAGAAAACAAGAUUUUAAAACACUUUUAAUUGAUCUUACCAUCUUGAGUUUAAGAGAAGCACAUUAAAUUAUUGGCAAUUUAAGUAUUAGGAAUUCAAAUAAUUGGCUAGGAUACUCCUGUUGACUGGUCAUAGUUAUUUUUUCUAGUUGAAGAAAUUAAGGUGAAUUAAUUUAAGCAUAUUUGAAAUUUUUCCAACAUAAAAUAUUGUAGUCUCAAACAAAUUGAAGAAUAUCUUGAGAACCAUUCCUUUAAUGUCCUCAAAAUUUAAUCUCCAAAUACACAACAUCUCUCUAGAUGUUUAAUCUAGCUGCUUUUUCCAUUUUUGUUUCCUUGAGUGCCAUUUCUACUUCCUUGGGCAGAACAUCAGGAACUUUGAUGAAAAAUCCAAAUGUAACAGCAUCUUUUCCACUUUUUUCCUCUGUUACCCUUCCUGUUUCUACCUCUUUGAUUUACUCUCUCCCUGAGCUUUCUGUAAAUGCUCUUUUCCAUUCACUGCUUUAUGGGAUGGCUCCUCAACCUGCCAUUGUCUUUCUUUAUAAAAUGGCACAAACAACUUUAUGUUCUAAACUCAUGUUUAUGAUAGCUAUAUUUCACUUUUUGAUAAGAAGGACAAGAAGCUAUCCCUGGGUUCUUUUGACCAUCUCAUUGGUGGCUGGUGAUUUCUGGUGAUAGUUUUUCUUUGAACCAUUUCCCAUUUCUUGUUAUCUUGUUUAAAAUAGGUUAAGUUGAUGUUGAGUCUCAACUUAAUGCUGUAUCUUUUCACUUUAAUUCUUAUUUUUUAUUAUGGAUUUGGACAAUUAAAAAAUACCUAAAUAAAUUAACAGGAUCCACCAGUUUUAUCUCUCUUGAGAAAAAAUAUUUUGAAUUGCAAUAUCAAUAGCCUUAGAAAAUUUAACAUAGGUUCCUUGUUUCUACUUUUAUAUACUUAAUAACCAUAUUUCCCUUGUUUUAUCUAGCAGCGUCUCCCUUUAAGGUGCUAACACAGAGUUGACCUUUCAAUAAUGUCCCCAUUUGUUGUGACCCUAUUUGGGGUUUUGUAGGCAAAGAUCUUGGAGUGGUUUGCCAUUUCUUUCUCCACUUAUUUGACAGAUGAAGAAACUGAGGCAAACAGGGUAAGUGACUUGCCCACGAUCACACAGCUAAUAUAGACACUUGUAGCUAUAAAGUGAUCUUUACUCCAUUGCAUCCCUGCUGCCAAAGAAGUUUUUGUAUAUUGCUAAAUUAUGUGUCAUUGGAAUUAUGGCCAGGAGUAAUGGUGGUAUUGUCUGGUAACUUUAUAGCUUUUAAAGACCUCUUGGAAACAAUUGGGGGAAAGGCAGGUGUCCGGAUUAUUACUAUUAGAAUAUGUUUCUCCCAUACGUACGUGGCAGCGCUUAAUCAGAGAGCUGACACUGUAAAAGCUUGGUGAUUAAAGAAAUCUACUUAGAAUUGAGCCGGCUGUUUUAAUGAGCUGCCCUGGAAAAAUGUUUUCUCAGUAACUCUUUAGAAACCUUCUCAUGAGUCAAAAAGGCUGUAGGAUUUUAUUUCUCUUUACGUGAGUGUGCGAGUUCAGUGGAGGAAGGCCCCACCCCAGGGACAUCCUGGCCAUCAUUUGGUGACAGACAUGAGCUUCCUGAGGCAGAUACGACUUUUGCUUUGGAAGAAUUGGACACUCAGGAAACGGCAAAAGAUUCGUUUUAUUGUGGAACUUGUGUGGCCUUUGUCUUUAUUUGUCGUCCUGAUCUGGCUGAGGAGUGCCAACCCACUCUACAGCCAGCAUGAAUGCCAUUUCCCCAACAAGGCAAUGCCCUCAGCCGGACUUCUGCCGUGGCUCCAGGGGAUUUUUUGCAACGUGAACAAUCCUUGUUUUCAGAGCCCCACUCAGGGAGAAUCUCCUGGAAUUGUGUCAAACUAUAACAACUCCAUCUUGGCAAGGGUCUAUCGAGAUGUUCAAGAACUCUUGAUAAAUGCACCAGAAAGUCAACUCCUUGGCCAAAUUUGGAAUGAGCUACGUAAAUUGUCCCAGCUCAUGGAGAUUCUAAGGAAUAACCCUGAGAGAAUUGCAGGCAAAGGGAUUCGAAUCAAGGACAUUCUAAAAGAAGAAGAGACACUGACACACUUCCUGGUGCACACAUUUGGCUUGCCUGACUCUGUGGUCUAUCUUCUGAUGACCUCUCAAGUCCGUCCUGAGCAGUUCGCCUAUGGUGUCCCAGACCUGAUGCUGAAAGACAUUGCCUGUAGUGAAACCCUUCUGAACCGAUUCAUCAUCUUCAGCCAGCGAGGAGGGGCGCGGACUGUCCAGAGAGCCAUGUGCCCCCUCUCCCAAGGCAGCCUGCAGUGGGUGGAAGAUGCCCUCUAUUCUAAUGUGGACUUCUUUAAGCUCUUUCAGCUGCUUCCCACACUCAUCGACGGCAGCUCUCAAGGUGUCAAUCUGAGAUCCUGGGGAAGUGCUUUAUCUAAUAUGUCUCCAAAAGUGCAAGAGUUUGUCCAUCGGCCAAGUGUCCGGCACCUGCUGUGGGUAACAGGGCCUCUCCUGCAGAAUGGAGGGCCAGAAUCUUUUAGCCAAUUGAUGAGUAUCCUCUCUGAGCUCCUGUGUGGUUACCCUGAGCGGGGUGGCUCCAGAGUAUUUUCCUAUAACUGGUAUGAAGACAACAACUACAAAGCCUUCCUGGGCAUAGAUCCUUCGAGAAAAGAUCCAGUCUAUUCUUAUGAUAAGAGAACAACAUCUUUUUGUAAUUCAUUGAUCCAGAACAUGGAAGCAAACCCUUUAACUAAAAUAGCCUGGAGGGCAGCAAAGCCCUUGCUGAUGGGAAAAAUCCUCUUUUCCCCCGAUUCCCCUGCUGUGCAUCGGAUAUUAAAGCAUGCCAAUUCGACUUUUGAAGAACUGGAUCGUGUUAGAAAAUUUCUUAAAGCUUGGGAAGAAGUAGGGCCGCAGAUCUGGCAUUUCUUUGACAACAGCACACAAAUGACCAUGAUUCGAGAUACUUUGGAGAACCCAACAGUGAAAAGUUUUGUGAACAGACAGCUUGAUGAAGAAGGACUCACAGCAGAAACCAUACUUAACUUUCUCUAUAAUGGACCUCAGGAGGGCCGACCUAAAGGCAUGGUUAACUUUGGCUGGAGGAAUGUCUUCAACUUCACUGAUGGCAUCCUGCGUCUGCUUAAUCAGUAUAUGGAGUGCUUGACCCUGGACAAAUUCGAAAUCUAUGAUGAUGAAAUCCAACUCACCCACCGAGCCCUCUCCCUGUUGGAGCAGAAUCGAUUCUGGGCUGGAGUGGUAUUCUUUGACAUGUACUCCUGGAACAGCGAGCUGCCACGUCACGUGAAGUAUAAGAUCCGCAUGGACAUUGAUGCCGUGGAAAAAACCAAUAAAAUCAAAGACAGGUACUGGGAUCCUGGUCCAAGAGCUGACCCAGUGGAAGAUUUACGUUAUAUAUGGGGUGGAUUUGCCUAUCUCCAGGACAUGAUUGAACAAGGGAUUAUAAGGAGCCAGACCAAGGCAGAAGUGCCUACUGGAGUCUAUCUGCAGCAAAUGCCAUACCCCUGCUUUGUAGAUGAUGUCUUUAUGAUCACUCUGAACCGCUGCUUCCCAGUCUUCAUGGUGUUGGCGUGGAUCUACUCGGUCUCUAUGACUGUGAAGAGCAUUGUGCUGGAGAAGGAGAUGAGGCUAAAGGAGACCUUGAAAAACCGGGGUGUUUCCAAUAUGGUCAUCUGGUGCACCUGGUUCCUGGACAGUAUCUCCGUCAUGGCGAUGAGCACAUUCCUCUUAACAGCCUUCAUCACGCAUGGUCAAGUCCUGCACUACAGCAACCCAGUUAUCCUUUUCUUGUUCCUCUUGGUGUUCUCCAUGGCCACCAUCAUGCAAUGCUUCCUCUUCAGUGCCUUCUUCUCCAAGGCCAACCUAGCAGCAGCUUGCAGUGGCGUCCUCUACUUCACCCUUUACCUGCCCCAUAUCCUGUGCUUUGCCUGGCAGGAACGUAUGACUGCCGAACAGAAGACAUGGGUGAGUCUGCUGUCUCCCGUGGCAUUUGGGUUUGGCACCGAAUAUUUGUCUCGCUAUGAAGAGCAAGGCCUCGGGCUCCAGUGGGGCAACAUUGGCAAGAGCCCCAUGGAAGGAGAUGAGUUCAGUUUCUUGCUGUCCAUCAAAAUGAUGCUUAUUGAUGCUGUCCUUUAUGGCUUCCUGGCCUGGUAUCUCGAUCUAGUGUUUCCAGGGGACUACGGAACACCACUUCCUUGGUUUUUCCUUCUUCAAGAGUCCUAUUGGCUUGGAAAUGAAGCAUGUUCCACCAAAGAAGAAAGGGCCCUGGAAAAGACUGAACCUCUGACUGAAGAAAUGCAAAAUCCCGAUUACUCAGGGGAGAUACAAGAUACCUUCUUUGAGAAAGAGCAGCCUGGACUGGUCCCUGGUGUCUGCGUGCAGAAUCUGGUGAAGGUCUUCAACUACCAGAGCAGGCCAGCGGUGGACCACCUGAAUAUCACUUUCUAUGAGAACCAGAUCACUGCCUUCCUUGGGCAUAAUGGCGCUGGGAAAACCACUACCAUGUCCAUUCUGACUGGGCUGCUCCCUGCUACUUCUGGUACUGUGCUGAUUGGUGGGAAAGACAUUGAGACCAGCAUGGACUCCAUCCGGCAAAACCUUGGCAUGUGCCCACAACACAACAUCCUCUUCCACCAUCUCACAGUGGCCGAACACAUCCUACUUUAUGCACAGCUGAAGGGGAAGUCUAGGAAGGAGGCCCAACUGGAGAUGGAAACCAUGUUGGAAGACACAGGCCUUCACCACAAAAGGAAUGAAGAGGUUCAGAACCUGUCAGGGGGCAUGCAGAGGAAACUGUCAGUUGCCAUUGCCUUUGUGGGAGAUGCCAAGGUAAUAGUUUUGGAUGAGCCCACCUCCGGGGUGGAUCCCUAUUCCAGGCGCUCCAUCUGGGAUCUGCUCUUGAAGUAUCGUUCAGGCAGAACCAUCAUCAUGUCCACUCAUCACAUGGAUGAGGCUGACCUUCUGGGGGACCGGAUCGCCAUCAUUUCCCGGGGUAGGCUCUACUGCUCAGGGACACCCCUUUUUCUGAAGAACUGCUUUGGCACAGGUUUCUAUCUGACUUUGGUGCGAAAGAUGAAGAAUAUCCAGAGCCAGGGGAAAGGCUGUGAGGAGGCUUGUAGCUGUACCCCCAAAGGUACCUCCAUCAGCUGCCCAGCCAAGGUUGAAGAGAUAACUGCAGAACAAGUACUGGAUGGAGAUGUAAAUGAGCUGAUUGGAAUGAUCCACCAUCAUGUGCCAGAAGCAAAACUAGUUGAAUGUAUUGGCCAAGAGCUUAUUUUUCUCCUCCCAAAUAAGGAUUUCAAGCAGAGAGCCUAUGCCAGCCUCUUCAGAGAGUUGGAGGAAACACUACCCGACCUGGGCCUCAGCAGCUUUGGGAUUUCUGACACUCCUCUUGAAGAGAUUUUCCUGAGGGUCACAGGGGAUUCUGAAUCAGGAGCACUGUUUGUAGGUGAUACUCAGCAGAAAGGACCAAGUUUUCACUUUCGAAACCCCAGUUCAGGUAGCAAUGAGAAAACAAGAGGAGUCCAGACCUCCAAUGGCGCCCCAGCCCCAGAACCAACCCAUCCUGCUGAGGGUCAAGCCAGCAAGGAGCCUGAGGACACAGGGAUGCACCUGAACAAGGGGCCUCAACUCAUCUGUCAGCAUGUCCAGGCUCUGCUCAUUAAGAGAUUCCACCACACUGUCCGGAGCCACAAAGACUUCCUUGCUCAGAUUGUGCUCCCAGCUGGUUUUGUGUGUCUGGCUUUGGUUCUUGCUGUCAUUAUUCCCCCUUUUGGAGAGUAUCCUGCUUUGACACUUCACCCUUGGAUUUAUGGACAACAAUAUACCUUCUUCAGCUCCGAACAGCCAGGCAAUGAAAACCUAUCAACUCUUAUGGAAGUCCUUCUGAAUAAUCCUGGAUUUGGAAAUCGCUGCCUGAAAGACGAGUCGCUCCCGAAUUAUCCCUGUGGCAAUUCAACAUCCUGGAAAACCCCCUCUGCUUCUCCUAAUAUGACUCAGCUGUUCCAGAAGCAAAAGUGGACACCAGAUAACCCCUCUCCCUCCUGCAAGUGCAGCACCCAGGAAAAGCUCAUGAUGCUCCCAGAAUGCCCAGAGGGGGCAGGGGGGCCCCCUCCUCCUGAGAGAGUACAGCGCAGCAUGGAAAUCUUGCAGGACCUCACCAACAGGAACAUCUCAGACUUCCUGGUAAAAACAUAUCCCGGGCUUUUAAGAAGCAGCAUGAAAAGCAAAUAUUGGGUCAAUGAACAAAGGUAUGGAGGGAUUUCCAUUGGAGGAAAGCUCCCAGUCUUCUGCAUCACUGGGAAACAGAUAGUUGAUUUUUUACAAGACCUUGGUCAACUUAUGAAUGUGAGCGGGGGUCCUGCCACUUUAGAGGCUUCCAAAGAAAUGUCCAAUUUCCUUAAGUAUCUGGAAACUGAAGACAACAUUAAGGUGUGGUUCAACAAUAAAGGUUGGCACGCAAUGGUCACUUUCCUCAACGUGGCUAACAAUGCAAUCUUGAGAGCCAAGCUGCCAAAAGCCAUGGACCCAGAGGACUUUGGAAUCACCCUCAUAAACCAGCCACUGAACCUCACCAAGGAGCAGCUCUCUGAGAUCACAGUGCUGACCACUUCCAUAGAUGCCAUGGUGGCCAUCUGUGUGAUCUUUGCCAUGUCCUUUAUCCCAGCCAGCUUUGUUCUCUAUCUGAUCCAGGAGAGGGUGAGCAAAGCCAAGCACCUGCAGUUUGUUAGUGGUGUGAGCCCAACCACCUACUGGGUCACCAACUUCCUGUGGGACAUUGUCAAUUAUUCUGUGAGUGCUGGACUGGUGGUGGGGAUCUUCAUUGGAUUUCAGAAGCGAGCAUACACUUCCCCCCAAAAUCUUCCAGCCCUGAUUGCACUGCUCUUCUUGUAUGGAUGGGCUGUCAUCCCCAUGAUGUACCCUGCCUCUUUCCUGUUUGAUGUGCCCAGCACAGCUUACGUGGCCUUGGCUUGUGCUAAUCUCUUCAUCGGUAUCAACAGCAGUGCCAUUACAUUUGUCCUCGAAUUGUUUGAGAAUAACAGGACAUUGCUCAAAUUCAGUGCCAUGCUGAGGAAGGCGCUGCUCAUUUUUCCUCACUUCUGCCUGGGGCGGGGACUCAUCGACUUAGCCGUGAACCAAGCGGUGACAGAUGUCUACGCCGCCUUCGGUGAGGAGCAUUCUUCGGAUCCUUUCCAGUGGGACCUGAUUGGGAAGAACCUGGUUGCCAUGGCAGUAGAAGGGGGCGUCUACUUCGCUAUGAACCUGCUCAUUCAGCAUCAUUUCUUCCUUACCAGAUGGAUUGCUGAGCCUCCUAAGCAGCCAAUUUCUGAUGAAGAUGAUGAUGUGGCUGAAGAAAGGCAAAGAAUUCUUAGUGGAAGCAAUAAAACAGAUAUCUUGAGGCUACAUGAGCUCACCAAGAUUUAUUCAGGCACCACAAGCCCAGCAGUGGACAGGCUGUGUAUUGGGGUUCGCCCUGGAGAGUGCUUUGGUCUCCUGGGAGUGAAUGGUGCUGGCAAGACAACCACAUUCAAGAUGCUCACUGGAGACAUCUCAGUGACAUCAGGAGAUGCCAUUGUGGCAGGAAAUAGCAUUUUAACCCAGAUUUCUGAAGUCCACCAACAUAUGGGCUAUUGCCCUCAGUUUGAUGCUAUCGAUGACCUGCUCACAGGCCGAGAACAUCUGUAUCUCUAUGCCCGGCUCCGGGGUGUUCCAACAGAAGAUAUCAAGAGGGUAGCAAACUGGUGCAUUCAGAGCCUGGGUCUCUCUGUCUAUGCAGACCACCUGGUUGGCACCUACAGCGGGGGGAAUAAACGGAAGCUCUCCACAGCCAUUGCUCUAAUUGGCUGUCCACCCCUGGUGUUGCUGGAUGAGCCCACCACAGGGAUGGACCCGCAGUCCCGGCGGCUGCUCUGGAACGCCAUCGUGGGCAUCAUCCGGGACGGGAGAGCCGUGGUCCUGACGUCGCACAGCAUGGAAGAAUGCGAAGCCCUGUGCACGCGGCUGGCCAUCAUGGUGAGAGGCACCUUCCAGUGCCUGGGCACUAUCCAGCACCUCAAAUACAAGUUUGGGGAUGGCUACAUCGUCACCAUGAAAAUCAAGCCCCCAAAGGUGGGCUUGCUUCCAGACCUGAACCCAGCGGAGCAGUUCUUACAAGCCAACUUCCCGGGCAGUGUCCAGAGGGAGAGGCACUACAACAUGCUCCAGUAUCGCAUCUCCUCCUCCUCGCUAGCUAGGAUCUUCCAGCUGCUCAUUUCCAACAAGGACAGCCUGUACAUUGAAGAAUAUUCCGUCACGCAGACCACACUGGACCAAGUAUUUGUGAAUUUUGCUAAACAGCAGACUGAAGAGGAUGACCUUCCCUUACAUCCCCGUGCAGCUGGAGCCAUCAUAGAUGCCAAGGUAGCCCCAGCUCCUCCCUCCCGGGAUGGUGUAGAGAGCAAGCCCUCUGCUCAGACCCGAUGCACAGCCCAGGUCGGCUGAAGUGCCCAUGCAUCACCACUUGCUUCCUACAGCAAGAAAGGAAUGAUUGGCAUCCUGAAACUGGGGUAAUCCUUGAACUCUCUUACAUAAGUGCAGUGUUUGUC